ACCGCCGAUUUGAACUCCGUUGAACACCGCAGCCGAACUCUUCUUCUUGUUUACUUCUCCAAUUACGAAUCUACGGCUCUCUUGAUCAUAUACCCAAUCAUCUUUUUUACUUAAUCACAAUGGCCACCUCCAUUAAGUCUAUCCGAGCUCUCGCUCCUCUCCUUGACCGUGUUCUCGUCCAGCGCAUCAAGGCCGAGACCAAGACCGCCAGCGGCAUCUUCCUGCCCGAGUCCAGUGUUGAGAAGCUCAACGAGGCCAAGGUCCUCGCCGUCGGCCCCGGUGCCAUGGACAAGAAGGGUAACCGACUACCCAUGGGCGUUGCCGUUGGUGACCGUGUUCUGAUCCCUCAAUUCGGCGGUUCCCCCGUCAAGGCCGGCGAGGAGGAGUUCCAGCUCUUCCGCGACAGCGAGAUCCUGGCCAAGAUCAACGAAUAAGAUACCCAUAUAUCAAAAAUAGUCUGCUUGUAUCAUACUGUACCAUAUCGAGAGCGGCGGACGCAAGAGAUGGAGCUCUGCUGAGGUCGCUUU